UGGCAACAGCGAGAGAAAGCAGCCACAGCACAGGGAAAGAUUUCAGUUGUAACCUGGCCGGCUGUUCGCCAUGAAUGUGGCCAUCCUCCUUCUGCUGGGGCUGGGCCUGGUGGAGGGAGAAGGCAGGUGUUUCUUCAACCGCACUGAGGAACAUUGUGUGUGCCGUAGCCUGUCCGAGGAGACCCUGGGGAGCAUCAUCCAGUGCCUCCCAGCCUCUGUUGUGGAGUUUUGGGGGGGAGACCUGGAGAAGUAUGCAGCCUUACCUAUUAGCAAUCUGCAGCCCUCCACCAUGGACUUGCUGGAAACCCUCCACAUCAGGAAACUUGUCUUUGGAGACCUCCUGGUGCCUGAGGUCCUGCUUGCCAAGGUCUUGAUGUUCUUUUCCUACACCCGAGUGCAGGAGCUGGUGUUUGAGAGCUGCAGUUUUGCGGGUAGAAGUAACUGGACCGAAAUGGCCGGGUGUAACUUACCCAUAUUGACCCUGCGCUUCCACAACGUGACGUCAGCCCCUCUGACAGGCCGUGAGCAGGGCUUCUCCAGCCUAAGCAGCUGGCUGGAGACACUGCAGGAGCUGGCAGUCACCAGCUCCCAUGUCACCACCCUGCCCUGUGCCAUCGGCAGAGUUUUCGGAACAUUGCGCUCCCUGGAUGUGGCACAGAACAGCCUCAGGGAUGACAGCUUGAUGCCCACCUUCUGUGAGGGUGCAUUUCCACAGCUCCAGUUACUGAGUCUGCAACGCAACAACCUGACAUCCUACCACAGCGUGUGUGAGAGCCUGCAGCUGCUGCAUGAGCUCCAGCAUUUAGACAUCAGCCAGAACAAGCUCAUUGCUGGUCUGGCCUCCUCCUGCCAGUGGCCGAUGUCCCUUCGAAUCUUUAACUUAUCUGGCACUGGCUUGGAUGGAGUCCCCACACCUCUGCCUCCCAAUCUAGAAGUGCUGGACAUGAGCUACAACCACCUCCAUACUUUAGACAUUUCUUUUGGCUCCCUGAAGACGCUCCUCCUCAGCCAAAACAUGCUUCAAGAUGCCUCCUUCAUCAGGAAUUGCCCCGUGUUGGAAGUCCUCCAUCUGGAUGACAAUUUGAUCCCAGAGCUGCCCUGGGAUGAGGUGCGGGUCCUGGAGCACUUGAAGGACCUGGCUGCAGCUGGCAACCCCUACAACUGCUCAUGCUCUGGGGCCAGGGGGAUCCAGACACUGGCAGCAAUGGUGCACCUAGGGCCGGCCUGGCCCCAUGGCUAUGUGUGCCAUGCACCCCCUCACUACCAGGGCAUUCUGGUGAAAGAUGUGCCUGUCUCAGUACUGCAGUGCAACAGUGCUGCGGUGAUCACUCCCAUCUGCAUUAUUCUUGCCUUACUCUGUGUGGCUGGAGCAGUCUACCUGGCCAAAUCCAGGUACAGGCUGUUCCAGGACUGCCGCAGGGCUGUGAAGGGGGCGUAGGACCGUUCCCACCAGUGCUUCCCAUACAGCAGCUUGGCUAUGGCACAUUCAGG